AUGCCCCGCCACAUCGCCAUCAACUCCACCACGACGCUCGUCCCCCUCCUCCCCACGACACACGUGCGCAUCCGCCCCCGCCUGCUCGACUGGUCCGUCUUCGUGCACGGCUGGGCCAACGGCGCGAUCCCGUCGGCGUACUGGGUGCCGACGGAGCUGCAGAUCGUGCACGACGGGCUGGCGCUGAAGCUCGAGGACAAGGCGGACAAGACGGUGCGGGUGACGUCGCUGGUGGGCUGGUUCGAGGAGCGCAUCGCCGAGCUGCUGCUGGUGGCGUGGAGGGGGGACGAGGGGAUGGUGCAAGGGGCGAGGGCGCGGUGGGUGAGGGAUUUUGCGGAGGUUUGUGCGAGCGCGGUGGCGGUGGAGGUGCCCGGGGGGAGGGUGUGA